AUGUCUGCGUGGAUGUCGUCAGCAAAUCGAGAGUCGAACCCCGUAGGCUUCGAGAGAUUCGAUAAAGACACAACGGGCUAUGUUCUUUUUCCCAAAUCGGCCCUCGGUCUAAUGCAAAACUGCGAUUUACCGCCUCCGGUGAAGCUCUUCUCGGGUCCAAACGAGACUCUUCUUUCAAAAGAGAAGGGCGAAUUGGAGAUUCUAAAGGCGUUGACACUAUCACAAACACGAGCGAGAGAAGCGGAGAGGAAACUCAGAACCCUAAUCAAGGAAAAAGACGAGCUCUCCAGAAUGCUAGUGGACGACUCGUUGAGAUUAUUCGCUUACAGGCAGUGGGUUCGUUUGCUUGAGUUGGAAUUGAAUUUGCAAAGGCGGCAGCAGCAGAAGAAAGAGGAUGAUGUAAUGAAUUAUGCAGACGAAUCGAAGGAAGAGGAAAAUUACGAAAAAGACGGUAUUAUUAGCACCAAGAAUCAAUGGUGUACAGCUAUAGGGCUCUGUUUGGCAUUUGCUGGUUUCGGUUUUGCAUUAGGUUACUACAGUUAUCUUUUCUGA